GCAGGAGCCACAGCUCAGCCAGUGUUUCCUGGAUGUAGAAGAGAAAAUAGCCUUUUCUUCAGAAUUGAGACUUUUAAAUAGCGAUCUGAUUAUACAAACUCUUGAAUUGAGUCUUUUGUCAGCACAGAAAUGUUAAGAAUAGAAGUCUGCUAUCUGAUAAUGCUAACUUUUUCAUAUAUUACCCAUGGAUUUGUAGCUCAUUGAGAACAAUUAAUAUUUCAUCAGUGGAAAUUAGAACUCUUCUUAGGAAUGGAUUCUUUAGAAAAAAUACCUUGAUUUUGGUCAUUGAAAAGUGAGGAAGGUCCUCUUGGUAAGCGUUGGAAAGAGAUAACUAAGGAAUAUGUAGACUUGUUUCAUAAGAAAUAAAUGCUAAACCUGAGGUAAAGGAAAAGGAAGGGGAAAGAGAAGAGAGAGAAGAAAGGUAAUCAAGCAACACAGCAGGGAGGAUGAAAGAUUCUUCUAAAGAAUAGUGUAGGGUAUUUUCCCUUGGAUAUUAACUCGUAAAUCUGAAGAAAUGGCAUUUUGGGCAGUUCACAUGUUGAUUGGAAUAUUUGCUUAUUCUGUCUGUGUAAAAGGAUCUUCCCAGCCCCAAGCAAGAGUUUAUUUAACAUUUGAUGAACUGCAGGAAACAAAGACCUCCGAGUAUUUCAGCCUAUUCCACCACCCUUUAGACUACAGAAUAUUAUUAAUGGAUGAAGAUCAGGACCGGAUAUAUGUGGGCAGCAAAGAUCACAUUCUUUCCUUGAAUAUUAACAAUAUAAGUCAAGAACCUUUGAGUGUUUUCUGGCCAGCAUCUACAAUCAAAGUCGAAGAGUGCAAAAUGGCUGGCAAAGAUCCCACACAUGGCUGUGGGAACUUUGUCCGCGUGAUUCAGGCUUUCAACCGCACUCAUUUGUAUGUUUGCGGAAGUGGUGCUUUCAGUCCGGUCUGUACGUAUUUGAACAGAGGGAGGAGAUCAGAGGACCAAGUUUUUACGAUUGACUCCAAGUGCGAAUCUGGAAAAGGACGUUGCUCUUUCAACCCCAACGUGAACACAGUGUCUGUUAUGAUCAAUGAGGAGCUAUUCUCUGGAAUGUAUAUAGAUUUCAUGGGGACAGAUGCUGCUAUUUUUCGAAGUUUGACUAAGAGGAAUGCGGUCAGAACUGAUCAACACAACUCCAAAUGGCUAAGUGAACCUAUGUUUGUGGCUGCACACGUCAUCCCAGAUGGCACUGAUCCAAAUGAUGCUAAGGUGUACUUCUUCUUCAAAGAGAAACUGACUGACAAUAGCAGGAGCACCAAACAGAUUCAUUCUAUGAUUGCUAGGAUAUGUCCUAAUGACACUGGUGGACUCCGUAGCCUUGUCAACAAAUGGACCACGUUCUUGAAAGCGAGGCUGGUGUGCUCAGUCAUGGAUGAAGAUGGCCCAGAAACACAUUUUGAUGAAUUAGAGGAUGUGUUUCUGCUGGAAACUGAUAAUCCAAGGACUACUUUAGUAUAUGGCAUUUUUACAACAUCAAGCUCAGUUUUUAAAGGAUCAGCAGUGUGUGUGUAUCAUUUAUCUGAUAUACAAACUGUGUUUAAUGGACCUUUUGCCCACAAAGAAGGGCCCAAUCAUCAGCUGAUUUCCUAUCAGGGCAGAAUUCCAUAUCCUCGCCCUGGGACUUGCCCAGGAGGAGCAUUUACACCCAAUAUGCGAACGACCAAGGAGUUCCCAGAUGAUGUUGUGACUUUUAUUCGGAACCAUCCUCUCAUGUACAAUUCCAUCUACCCAAUCCACAGAAGGCCUUUGAUUGUCCGUAUAGGCACCGACUACAAGUACACAAAGAUAGCUGUGGAUCGAGUAAAUGCAGCUGAUGGUAGAUACCAUGUCCUGUUUCUUGGAACAGAUCGGGGGACGGUGCAGAAGGUGGUUGUUCUCCCUACUAACAGCUCUGUCAGCGGUGAGCUCAUUCUGGAGGAACUGGAAGUUUUUAAGAAUCAUGCUCCCAUAACAACCAUGAAAAUUUCAUCCAAAAAGCAACAGUUGUAUGUGAGCUCCAAUGAAGGGGUUUCCCAAGUGUCGCUGCAUCGCUGCCACAUCUAUGGGACAGCCUGUGCUGACUGCUGCCUGGCAAGGGACCCUUACUGCGCCUGGGAUGGCCAUUCUUGCUCUAGGUUCUACCCAACUGGGAAGCGGAGGAGCCGCAGACAAGAUGUGAGACAUGGAAAUCCAUUGACUCAAUGCAGAGGAUUCAAUCUAAAAGCAUACAGAAAUGCAGCUGAAGUUGUUCAGUAUGGAGUAAAAAAUAACACCACUUUCCUUGAGUGUGCCCCCAAGUCUCCACAGGCAUCUAUCAAGUGGUUGCUACAGAAAGACAAAGACAGGAGGAAAGAGGUCAAGCUGAGCGACCGAAUCAUAGCCACUCCACAAGGACUCCUGAUCCGCUCCAUUCAAAUUUCUGACCAAGGACUGUAUCAUUGCAUUGCAACAGAAAACAGUUUCAAGCAGACCAUAGCCAAGAUCAACUUCAAAGUGUUAGAUUCAGAAAUGGUUGCUGUUGUGACAGACAAAUGGUCUCCAUGGACUUGGGCCAGCUCAGUGAGGGCUUUACCCUUCCACCCAAAAGACAUCAUGGGGGCAUUCAGCCACUCAGAAAUGCAGAUGAUUAAUCAAUACUGCAAAGACACUCGGCAGCAACAUCAGCAGGGUGAAGAGCCCCAAAAGAUGAGAGGAGACUACGGCAAGUUAAAAGCUCUCAUCAAUAGCCGGAAAAGUCGAAACAGGAGGAAUCAGUUGCCAGAAUCAUAAUGUUUUCUGAUGUGGGGCUUGUGCCUCCAGGAACAAGUGUUCUGUCUCCGUUGGUCAAGUUUUGAGCAAAGAAUCUUGUGCUUUACCCAUGGGAAAUUUCUGAGAAAAGAGGUUACUCAGUCCUGAAGUGAAUUUUACAUGAACUGAAAUGAGCAUGCAUUUUCCUGUAUGAUAUUGACUAGCAGUAGACAUGUCAUGGUCCUCAUGGUGCAUAUAAAUAUUUAACUUAACCCAGAUUUUAUUUAUGUCUUUAUUUUACCUUUUCUUCAAAAUCUGUGUGGGGGCUACAAGACUAGAAUUGUUACAUCCCUCAAUUAAAAGAGGGCCGUAACCCUGUGGUCUUCCUUCCCUGCUUGUCAGUGAUUUUUAUAUAUGAAACAAAUGCCAAGUUCACAGCUUUCACAUAGUAAAAGUUAUAUAAAUGCAUGUGACAGGGCAGCUCUUAAAAGAAGUGUAGCAUAGAUAAAAGACAGGGAAGAGGGCAUCUGAAAGGUGUAUAAAAACAUAAGUGAUUCAUAAAAAAAAUACAAUGAUUUUAUAUGCUUCUAGUGAAAUAUAUUACUGGUGGUUUUAAAGAUAGAUUGUAAAAACUGUCAGUUGCUGAUAUGUCAUUGACCUUUGUUCCCUUGUUUCAGGAAGAUAAAAUGAAUAACUUACACCAUAAAGAUCUUUGUUGAGAGUUACGUGAGUGAACCAUUGAAGCUUAUAUUCCUACGUUACUGUCUUCCAAACAGAAGUACUUUCAUUUUGGGAAGUUAUUUAAGUUAUUCUAGACUCAGAGAAUGCAAACUUACAUUGUUUAGUUUAAUUACUGUUUUUGUCCUAAUUUUUUAUUCUGUGUAUCAAAUUAAGAAAAAAAAAAACACUUUUGAAGUGUCAAACUUCUAUAGGAGGGACAAAACCAUCAAGAAAAAAAAAGGUAGAUGCAACUUUAUUAAAACAAAUUUAUGACAAAUGUUGGACUAGGUUUUCAAUUUCAAUAAUUAAAUUCAAUGAUUAAUUUACUUUUUUCUUUUAACCAACCUUAGCAUACUGAUUUUUAAGUUAAUACUUUAUUUUUUUUUAAAGGGUUUCUUUUAUGUGACAGAGAAGUGCACCUUAUCUUGAGAAGUAAAAAAAAAAGAAAAAAAUUCCUAUAUGAACAAAAAUAAGCAUUCUUUUUAAAAAGUUGCUGUGCUAGGUUUACUGGUACAUAAAUACAAAUAUGGCAAGUUUUAUGAUGAACGAGAUCAAGUUUCUUCUAAUUAUAUGUUUGAAGAAUUUUAUUAAAAUAAUAUUGAAAUUUUUUACUCCAAAUAUAAAUCAGAUAGGAAAAAUAUGAAAAACUUCCUGUUUUACUCAUUCGUUUAAAUUUCUCUUAAAAACACAACUUAAGCUUUUUCAUUUUAUUUGCUAUUUAAGACGUUUUCAUGUUUCAGGGUGAAAACAGAGGUUGAUUAUACCUAAUCAAAAUCUGGCGCAAAGGCUUUACGUGUAGUGUAGUGUAGUAUGGACAGUCCUUGAAGAAGGUAAUAAAGGUAAAUAUAUUGCCUUUUUGGAAACCCUGGUGGCAUAGUGGUUAAAAGCUAUGGCUCCUAUUCAAAAAGUCAGCAGUUGGAAUCCUCCAGGUGCUCCUUGGGAACCCUAUGGGGCAGUUCUACUCUGUUCUAUAGGGUCGCUGUGAGUCGGAAUCAACGGCAACAGAUUUGGUUUGGGUUUGGGUUUAUUGCCUUUUUAAGCACUGCAGUAUAAGGCUUCAAGAAUUAAUAUCAAAAUGGAUACUGUCAUUGAUCAGAAUCUAAUAAUACAAUUUAUUACUUAAGUGGUGGUAAAUUACGAUAUUUUAAGAGGAGGCCUCAAUGGGACAAAAAAAAAGUUAAAACGCACAACAUUAAUAACACCAAACUUCCUUUUAAAAAAAAAAAGCAAUUGUUUCAUAUGUAUAUGGUUCUAAAAUAAUCUCUAAACCAACUUAUAAUGAUUUACCUGCUUAAAAGGUGUAAUUAAGAAACCUUUUUUUUCUUCCUCUACAUAGACAAAUAGAAAUGUGUAUCAGGUAAGGCCAAAACCAUCUUCUGUAUUAUGGCCGAUCUAUUCUAUGUAUCAAGUUGAAAGUAAAAUUGUUUUAGAGUCAGAGUAUAGAGUGAUAAACAGAGGUCCCCUAGCUUCAUGUAAACCCAGAGUGAUAGACAAUAAGGGUGGUUAGUUACAUAAUAUUAUUUGUGCUAUUUAAUACCUUCUAUUUUGAACAUUAUUAAAAUGUAUAUAUUUUAUUAUUUUUCUUUUAAAAAUAUAGAAAUCCUUCUUGAAUAUAACUAUGCCAAAUGUAAAAAAAAUUCUUAAAAAUAUCAUUAAUGUAUAGUGAAUGUUGGUGUUUGAUUGGUUUUAUGUAGUUUGACUGUUUGAUGACUUAACAUGUUUUUCAUUUGAAUUGUAUAUAAAAUGUCCUAGAAAUGCACUUUUUUUCAAAGUGUAGGUUUGUGAAUAGAUUUUAGCUUGAUGAAACUGUCAUUACAGUGAAUGUUCACUCUUCUAAGAAAAGUAACUAAAUGUAGUUAGCGCAUUAAUAUUUAAUUGGAUAUUGAAGAUAUCAUUCGCCUAGCAAAAUAAAACAUGUUGAAUUCCGCAAA